AUGUCUUCGCCCCGACUCAUUCCCCCGCUGAAGGAUUUUAAAUACCUCUUAAGUGACACCAUAGAGAAAAGCAAGGAAACUUUAGAUGACCCAAAGAAUGAGGUAGUUGUGCUGAGUGACCGGUCCCAGAUACUGUUCAAAGAGUCUCGCCAUCCUCAAAAUAUGCCGCUCAUAUGCCAUUACGUCAGUGAUGCCAACUUCUUUGCCUCCCUCUCUUGGGUGACAGCAGGCACAAGGGAAUUACAGGCUGUAGUAUGGAUGAAGAGCAAAACCGAGGACAUGGUCGAGAAGAGAACGUUCUCCAUGACCGAGCGAUUGCCGCCCAUCCAGUCCAUGGUCCACACAGGCUCCUUUCAUAUCCUCGUGGUCUACUGCGGUGACCUGCUCCUGCGGCUCUUCGGGGACCACUUUCGGUCCUUCAAACCUCUGAGUCUAGUGCCCUGCCGCUUUAACAUCAGCUGCCUCUGCUACGACCCGGAAAUGAAGAUGCUUCUGUCAGGCAUCCUGGGAGCAGUGGUCACCUGGUUCAUCGAGCGGAGCGGCAAGGGCCUCCAGAUAGCCCACACUGUGUCCAUGCCUAGCGAAGAGCUUGUCCAGGAUAUCACGUUGAAUGGCCCCAACGGCUCCCUCCUGGCCCUCUGUGAGACUGUGGUGAGGAUGCUUGAGCGCCAGGGCCGUGGCCGGCUGGCAGAGGUGAAGAGGUUCACGUCUACCACCAGCGGCUCCUCGAUCACCUGCUGCUUCACUUGUUUCGAUCAGGGCUUUCUCUAUGCCGGAAACAAGACUGGGGAAAUCCAAGUCUGGAGCCUCGGUCGGGGCCAGUCUCUCCACAGUUUCAAGGCCCAUUACUUAGCAGUGAUAUGCAUCCGCAGCCGGCCAGAAGCCCACACCCUGCUAACAGCUGGCAAGGAAGGCUUGAUCACGGAGUGGAACUUGACUUCGGGGAGCCUGCUGCGGCGGCUAGAACUCGGCGAGGAACUGUAUCGACUCCAGUUCAUCGACAGCACUACCUUCUUCUGCCAGACCACCCACACUUUCUCCUUGCGCUCUCUGCCCUGCUUCUACAGCCUCUUCAACGUCUGCGGCUCCGCUCCCCAGCAGCUGCGUCGGGUCCGCUGUGGUCCUAACUGGUUCCGGAUCCUGUGCACUACUGAGGAUGGCUUGUUGCGUUUUGUGUCCCCGUUAACAGGGGAUCUUUUGGUUCUCACCUGGCCCCUCUCAAUCCUGGACCGGGCUAUGGAUUGGGCUUAUGACCCAAAUAAGGAGGAGCUCUUUGUAGCAACAGGUGGCCCAGAGGUGCUGGUGUUUGACACAACCCGCUGCCCUUGCCCAGCCAAGUAUCUCUUAAGCACCUCACCAAAUUCUCAGGACUUGGUGCAAUGCCUGGCUUACGGGCACUUCCACCUGGGUCGGGGUCUCGAAGGACUGAUGUUCUCUGGGCACCAAAGUGGUAUGAUAAGGGUGCUUUCCCAGCACAGCUGUGCCCGAAUAGAGAAAUUCGUGCACUUUGGGGCUGUCCUGGCACUUUCCACGCUGCCUGGAGGGAUUUUUGGUGGCCGAGAAAACUCUUUGCUCUGUUCCUAUGGAAUGGAUGACUACGUACACCUAUCAGAAGCUGUUCUUGAGGGGGUCAGAGUACGUCUGUGGCCCCUUGCCAGCAUUCUCAGCAGCUGUCACCUGAAACACCUGGUCCUCUUGCCCAAGUCUGUGGGUGCCAUCACGGAGACUAACUGCCUGCGUCUCUGGAAUUUCCAUGACUUUCUGUCCUCUGGGUCACAGGAGGGCUCAGUGUUCAUAGAAACAUUGCCUCUGCACCAGUGUGCCAUCACAUCCUUUGACGUCUGCCUGUCCUUGAAUCUUUUCGUCACAGGUGGUGUUGAUGGCUCUGUCCGGAUCUGGAACUUCCAUGGCAGACUUGUAGCCAUGCUGGACUCGUCACUGCACUUUGGCCCGCUCUGCUUCGCCAAUGACCGGGGAGACCUGCUUGUGACCUUCAACCAGAGUCUUUAUCUGGUGUCCUGUUUAAAGCUGCUCCCCCCAGCCAUGCUGGUUCGCCUUUCCAUUAUCAGCAUGACAGAUGAAGUGCUCGAAGUCCCCAAGCCGUUCCUACCAAGCUUCUUCUUCUCCUUUGAGACCCUGUUUGUGCCCAAGUAUAGCUACCUUGGACAAGGGCAACAGGAACUAGUGGGGCUGGAGAGCCUUGUCAAUAAGCGGGCCAUUGCCUUUGACCACACUGUGCCACACGUCAUAGAAGAAGAUGAGGAAGGGAACACCAUGUUACUGUCUACCUCCAGACACGAAUUCUUACAGAAGGAGGAAAUCGAGGGGACGCAAGCGAGCAAACCUCCUCCUCCACAUUAUGUGGUUCCUCCCCAGUUACAGCUGACUACCUGGGAUGGACUCAACCCCUAUCAGAUAUUGCGACAUUACUUUGGUCAUGGGCGUAAAUGGCCCUUCGCUCCUGAUUGCUACAUCCCCAACUCAGUGAUUCGUGCCCGACUUUGGCCAGAAGGCAGCCCGAUAUACCUACAGUGCAACCUGCACUCACCUGUGCGCGAACUCGAAUGGGACAAGACUCAUCAAUUCUUCUUCUGGCACAGUAGGGUAAGAGCUAUAAGUGAUGCAGGACAACAUCCAGAAGAAAAAGAGGAUGAAGACUUCCUAGAAAUGAGAAUGUCUAAGGACAUGACCUACAAUGUCCUUACAGACUCAGCAAACCGCAGUUGGCUGGGAAGAAAGAUGAGUGAAGUAGCUGUGAACAGCCUGGUUGAGACGCUCCUCAACGUUAUGACCCACGCUCCUCCACUGAGGUACCAAUGUUGUAUCGGCGUGCUCGGGCAAAUCUUUGCCUCUUACCAGGUGCCUCCAUCCCUGCGUUCCGAAGCAGCCCAUUGUCUGCUGGAUGACACAGCCAAUUCCAACCCACUGAUCCGAGAGCUAGCCUGGGAAGGACUGAAGCGUCUAGGAAUGAUUACUCGUCUCUUUGCCAUGCCUCUGGCCCAAGGACUAAUGGACAAGGACCAAAGAGUGAGGAAUAAGGCCCUGUCCCUCAUGCGUGAGACCGGAAUCCACUCUAAGACCUCGCUCUUAGACUUGAUCCAUAACCGAGAGACUUUCCGGGAGAUGCAGCAGGAAAUGGUUGGGGAGGAACCCUUGGACCAUCUGCUGGGGAUGCGGGCUACAGAUCUCCAAAUCCUUCAUACUCAAGUGGAGCAGCGACUGAGUGGAGACCUGACCUUGUCACAAGGAGCUGAAAGGCCUUCUUUCUCUUUAGAAGUCCCCAGGGCUUCUGAACUGUCUGAUCGCAAGCAAGCUGAUACAGCUCCUGAAGAGUCUGAGGUUGGCAUCAAGCCCGGCAAAGGUCCAAGACGAAGUCGACCAGGAAGCAAAAGGCACACCCGCAAAUGGUUGCGAAGCCUCAAGAAGACAAAAGAGGCUGACAGGGAGCCAGCUCCCUCAGAGGGUGAAGAGGCUGCGACUGAAGCUGUGCUGCCUGAGGGGGAGGACGUGGCCAUCUACUCCACACGGUCCUCCAUCCUCAGUGUACUAAGGAUGUCCAAAGACGCUGAACAACCACCUCCAGAGAAAGACACCUCAAGGGAUCAAGUCGUGCUCAGCCUGAAGAUGCUGAGGAAAAUCCGUGACAAAACAGGCAAGAAGAGAGCUCAAAAACCAGUCAAGAGGCACAAGAAGACAAAAAUAGGUCAAGUUAUAACUGAGGAACCUCUGUCUCCCGAAAGGGAAGCCCCAGUUGUGAGGAGGAUGAAAGGCAAAGGGCGAGGUGCGGCUGGAGCGCCUGGCCACAGAGCUGCCUCUGUGUCCUGGCGGGACGAUCUGUGUCGGCUCCUGACCCUGAGGAUAGCCGGUUCCCAACCGCAAAUGUUAGACGCUCUAAACACCGAGCUGGUGACCAUGGCUGAGGAGGUGCUGGCAGAUCAGCAAGCCAGCUGGGACCUCUUUCGGGAGAUCUGCCCCCUGUUGAAGCAAGAAAGCGAUGUCCUGUUUGAGGACCUCGACUGGGAUGUAACCUGGCCAGACGAGAAACCAAUUUUUUUUCACGAAGGAGCGAUUAGAGAGGAUGCGGUGAUCGCAGACAUGGAAGAGAUACUAAGGGAGCAGAUGCACGAGCAAAAGGAAGCAACGGGCACGCAGGACUUGCACGAAACCCCCUUGAUUUUCAAAAAAGCCAAGAAAAAGAGAGUUAUUUUUUUAGAGCCAGGCGAGCUAACCAAGGGCAAACGAAUAUCGAAGAAGGAGAAGAAAGCCUUGAAGAAGCCCACUAAGCCAGAGAGAGAAGCAGCCCGGCAGGAAACACAAGUGGAGAAAAAGGAGGUGACAGUGACCAAAAGAGAGCCGGACGUGAGUAAGAAAAUGAGAGAAAUGGCCAAACGGCAGUGGGAGGUGGUUGAGCAAGAAGGAAGCCCAGUUCGGGAUGAGAGGAGGCUGUCGUGGCAAGAGUGGAAGAAGUCCUGGGAUGACUGGCAGCGGGCCUCCCGUGAGUCAGGGAUGUCCUGGGCUGAAUGGAAGGAAGCCUGGGACAGGAGGCAUCUUGGGGAAGAGGAGAAACCACAAGAGGACAAGAAGAAGCUACUCCCAGAGGAGGAGAAGCCGUAUGAAGAUGGGAGGAAGCAGAAAUGGGACGAGUGGGCAGCGAUCUGGGAAGCAACGUUGUCAGCCAGGUCCAGGGAUCAGGUGCUUGAGGAUGAGGAGGAAAUGACCUGGGAGGAAGAGGAGCUGUCUCAGGAGUGGGAGGAAGCGGAAGAGCUGGUGACGGAAGAGCAGAGACAGAUCCAGAAAGAACAUAAACAAGCCUGGGUCGAGACGAAACGAGCGCAAGCAAAAAGAAAGCGAGCCCAAGAGGAGAGGAGGCUGGCACAAGAAGAAGAGAAGCUGGCCCAGGAGGAGAGGAAGCUGGCCCAGGAGGAGAGGAAGCUGGCGCAGGAGGAGAGGAAGCUGGCGCAGAGAGACAGGGGUAUGGUCCAGGCACAGAAGAAGCUCAUUCAGAAAGAGGAAAACCUGGCCCAAAAAGAGGAGAAGAUAAGCCGGGAAGCAGAGAAAUUGGCCCAGAAAAGGAAGAAACUGGCCAAGAGAUUGGAGAAACUGGCUCAAGAAGAAGAGAAAAUGGCAAAGAAAGGAGGGAAGCUGGCUGAGGUAAAAAAUGUAUUCGUCCAGAAAAUGGAAAAACUGGCCCAGAAGGAGCAAGAUAUAGCAUGGCAAGAAAAGGAACUAGCCCAGGAACUGGAAGAGCUGGCGUGGGAAGAGGAGGGACUGGCUUUGAAAAAAAAGGAACUCAAUCAGAAGGAGAAAGAACGGCCAGAGGGAGAGGAGGUACGGGCUCAGAGAGAGAAGACACUGGCCUGGCGAGAAGAAAAACUGGCUGAGGAAAGGGAAAAAUUGGUCCGAGAAGAAGAGCUGCUGACCCAGGAAGAGAAGAAACUGGCCCAGGACAAAGAAAAACCACGUGAGGAAAAGGAAAGACUUGCCAAGAAAAGGGAAGAACUGAUGAAAAACCAGGCAAAACUGGCCCAGGAAACGGAGGAACUCACAAAGAGUAAGCUGCUAUCCCAGAGGAGGAAGACUCUGAUUCAGGAGAAGGUGGAAUUAGCUCAGAGGAAAGAGAACUUACUCCAGCUCAAAGAAAACCUCACUCAGGACAGAAAGAAAUUAGUGCAAGUAAAGGAGAAACUGGACAGAUACAAGAACAAACUGACACAGUUAGAGGAGAAGCUGGUGGAGAACAAGAAGAAACUUGCCCAGGAAAAGGAGAAACAGGCUGAAAUAGAGAAAAAGCUGACCCAAGAACAGGAAAGUCUUGCUGAGAAACAGCAGCGACUGGCCCAGGACAAAAUGAAAUUAACUGCAGAGAGCAGGGCAGUAUUUCAAGAACUGGAAGUGCUCCGAGGAAAGUCGGAUGUUGCUAAGGAAGAAAAGGCGUUGGACAUGGAAAUGAAGAAACUGGCUCAGGAGAAGGUGAGGGUGGCUGAGGGAAAGGUAACUCUCUCCAAGGGAGAGAUUAAAGAAACCUCAAGACAGAAGAAACCAACUAAGGAUGAAUUAGACCGAGUUAAGAGGAAAUUGUCACUAGAGGAGAAGAUACUGUUACAUGAAGAUAGGGUAGUGGCCACAGAGAAAAGAGACAUUGCCAAAGGAAAAUUGGAGCUAAGGAGAGGAGCGAGAGUGUACGCCCAGGAAGAAAGGAAGCUAGCCAAGGUAGGAAGGAGAUUGGCUAAACACAGCAAGGGCGUUUCCAAGGAACCACUAAAAGCGAGCAGCAGAGUCUUGAAGAUACUUCAAAAUCUUAUCCAACAAGAAAGGAAACUAACCCAGGAAGAAAUAGAGAUGACAAAAUUAAAGAGAUCCCUCUUGGCUAAGGAAGGGAGACUGAGCAAAAAACGGCAAGCACUUGAGGCCAAGGAGUGGGGUCUCUCUGAGGAUCAAUCAGAAGUGACUGAAGAUGAGAAGAAAUUGGCUAAGCAGCAGAGAAAACUGGCCAAGGAAAUAAAGAGAAUGACAAAGAAAGAGAAACAAAUGAUUGAGCAAGAAAGGAGACUGGCCAGGCAACAGAGAGAAGUCGUAGAGGAAGAAGAGGAAGAAGAAACACCAGACGAAGAGGAGGUGGAGCCAUUCCUUAAACAGAGGUCAGAAAAGAGCAAGGAGCUAAAGACAGUUGAUGUGGUCCAGGAGGACGUGGGAAGUGAAGAAGAGGGCUUUGAUGAAGAAAUGGAAAGCCUGUUAGAUGAAGUGGAGCGAGAGAGUUUGUCUGAGGAGGAGGAAGUGGAGGAGGAGGAGGAGGAAGAGGAGGAGGAGGAAGGGAAGGAGAAGAAAAAGAAGGAGGAGGAGGAAGGGAAGGAGGAGAAAAAGAAGGAGGAGGAGGUUCCGGAGGAGGAAGCGUUUGAGGAGAAGGAAGAAAGCAUGAGUGAGGAGGAGACAGAAAGUGUGAGUGAUGAAACAGAAGAAGAACAGAGCAGCUCGUCGGAAGAAGAGGUAGACAAGGAGAAGGAGGUAGACAAGGAAAAAGAGAUCUUCGAAAAAGAGAAAGUGUUGAAGUUACGAGAGAAGAGAAGAAAGGACCUACAAGAAAGAGACACAAUCCUUGCUAUCGGGAAAAGAACCCCCAAGGUCAGACGCAGUGCUAUCAAACUGGACCUUCUGAGGAGACCGUCCAGGAAAUUCAUCUCAGUAGCUCUGGGGACGGGGGAGGUGGGGCCGGGGCCAGAGCCAGUGCCUAGGAAACAAGUAUCCUGGGGAGACAAGGCCACUUAUCUCGAGGCAUUCAGGAUAUUCCCAGAAGCAAGGUUUAUCGACAGACAAGAAGAACUCUUGAGGAAAUAUCAGCUCACGCCUCUGCAAGUUAUGGAUAGAAUUUUGGAGUCCGAAGAGCUGCACUUAAUGUCCCCAUAUUUAUCCCACAUUUUGAGGAAGACCGUGGAAGCUCAGAAACUCCAUGGCAAACCACUGGGGCCCAAGUGGCGGUGGCUCUUGCAGUAUCACCCAUCUCUGCUGACAGAGACUGAGGUACAGUUACCUGUGCCCCACAUCCUGGCUGAGGAAAUAGACACAGAGGCGAGCCUCUCAGACGGUGAGUGGAUUCACCGUGUCCUAGAACGCAUGGAGGCGGGAGAACAGCUUUCCAGGCAUAGUUUCCACAGAUUGUGCCAGCUGCUCAAAGACCUCACCUCAAAGGGCAAACUAGAGUGGAUGCAUCUGCCCAUCCUUGAAGCCAUAGUGUACCGCCACAGGCAGGCCCUAGAAUCGCGAAGCACAGGUGUCCCAAAACCCAGGAAGGAACCCAUGGGUCCAAAAUACCUGAAAGUGAUCCCUCCUAUCAAAGGAAAGGAAAAGGAAAGCUGGCCCAGACCUUUCCCUGUCCCAACACCAAAGCUGCCAUUAGCUACCAAAAGGAUUCCAGACCCAAAGGCUAUAAAUUGGCAUCUUCUAGGAGAACCUUACAGGAGCGCGCGGGCAGAGCAGACAGCCAGCGCUCUCAAGGAGAUGGAGAUGCAGCGCUCCUAUCCUGCCGCAAGAGAUGUUUCCCCAGGUGCCCACGCCUCCGUGGAAAAGCAAACCCUAGCACUGAUGUUCCAGAAGGACUUCUGGGCUUUGAAGGAUAAGGGCAGGUUGCCCAAGUUGCCCAAGUUGGAGAAGAAGCCACAGCCUAUCCCUAAAGAAAAGGAAGCCGUGCCUCAAUGGGAGACAUUUGUGGCACUGUACCACGUUCUGCGGAUGUUGCAGCAGCGAUAUGCAAAAGACAGGGCUACUUGGAUGGAACAGUUCCACCAGCUCAUGGACCUGUACCAACUUAAGUCGCCCCGAAUCCAGAAGCUGCUACAGGAGCUGCUACUGAGAGAGGAACCCCAAUCCCAAGAGAUCAUCUAUGAAGAGGGGCUGAAGGCCACGGAGCUGGCUCCCGGGGAGCGCUUGUUCUACCGCUUGUUUUGCGGUGGCCCUCAUGCCCGCAGACGUCCUCUGGAGUUCCAGGAGGUGGUGGCCCUCCCCGGGCAGAACAACGUGCGUACCAUGCUUCCCAUGGGCAUCGCCCAGUAUGGGAUCUUAGAACUUGCCUGGAAGAGCCUGCCCCAUGCUGAUUUUCACCUCACCAAGGAACUGCCCCACGUCGUGGCUCCGACCCCCUAA